AUGGGAGAUUUUUAUGAAGAAUUCGACAUUUCUCAUGUUGUUAGGCUGACACAUGGGACGAAAAAGGGGCUCUAUCUGGGCUACGGGGCCAUUGCAAAGUUUGGAGAGGCCCUAGACGACCUUAAACCAUCCUGUCUGGGUUUUGUCACAUCGCCGUCUGCCUACAAGAAAUGUGGGCUCUGGGACACGAUUGCCUCCGAACUGGAGAAGCGCGGCAUCCCGUACUUGCACUACGACAAGAUUAUGACGAAUCCUACCGUCGAGGCCUUGACGGAGGCUGUUGAGCUUUUUAGUCCGAAGUACGAUCAGAACUUCGUAGUGUGCAGCAUUGGUGGAGGCUCUCCCGGAGAUUCGGCCAAGUCGAUUGCUGUGCUUCUCGAGCACAGAGACAAGACGGCCGUUGACCUUUACACGCACACGUUUGCCCCUGACCGCCGCUCUAAGCUUAUCAUGGUCAACAUCACCCACGGGACUGGAACUGAGUGUGACAUGUUUGCAGUGGCUUCUAUCCUCACCGGGAACUCCCACCCUUACAAGCCAUGCAUUGCCACAUCGGUCAUCUAUCCUGAUUACUCCUUUGAUGAUGUCAAUGGGAUGCUUUCUAUGAACACCGACAUGAUCCGUUUCACGACGAUUGAUGCUCUCAACCAUGUAAUGGAAGGCUCCACCACGACGAUAGCUACGCCAUACUCGUGCACCCUGGCACGAGAGGUUGUUUUCCUAGUCGCUCGCUAUCUCCCCAGAGCCCUUGCCGAUAAAGACGAUAGGCGCGCCCGCUAUUGGCUGACGUACGCUGCAGCCAUAGCUGGUCUGUGCUUCGAUGAAAGUUGCUUACAUCUCACCCAUGCUCUAGAGCAUACGCUCUCAGCAUAUGUGCCAAACCUCAUCCACGGGCAAGGUCUGGCACUCCUCCAGCCGGCGGUCCUCAAGCACAUCUGGCCGAAGGUCUGUGGCUACCUGAACGACCUCUUUAGGCCGAUCCUGGGGAACCUCAAAGGAACACCCGACGAAGCAGAACAGGCUUUCAGGCGCAUGCGUGCCUUCCACAACAAGGUCGGCUUUUCGGGGACGCUGGCGGACAUAGGGUUCUCCAAAGCAGACGUCGAAAAGCUUGUCGAGGCAACCUGGGCAUGCCCGGGCAUGGAUGGGCUGAUAGCUCUCUCGCCCGCUCCGUGUGAGAAGGCAGAUGCUGCGCGCAUUUUCUCCGAGUCCUUCUACAAGUGA